AUGAUGGAGGACGGUGGUGAAGAUUGGGAGUGGGAAUGCAACGGGACGAGUGAAACCGAAGAGGCGAAAAUCAACGGAGGGUUGGAGGAAGAGAGGAUCGAGAACCUCAAGUACUACGCCUACGGAGUGGCGAUGCCGAUCGUCUGCUGCCUCGGGAUCCUCGGCAAUUCCCUCAACCUUCUCGUUCUCACCCGACCCAACAUGAAGGCCGCCUCGUACAACUACAUGCGAGCUUAUACGGGUUCAGCGCUUGCGGCCCUUUUUUUCGUCGUCUUCUUCUGCGUUCGAAUCCUGGAACACAGGGAAGUGGGUCCCUGGAAAAGCCUCGCGGUCGCCUUCUUCCACGUCUACCUCGAACUCUAUUUCGGCAACGCCUUACUGGCGAACGGAGUGAUGAUGGUGAUGGCGCUGACGGUGGAGCGAUUCACGGCCAUAUGUCAUCCGGAGAAGCACGUCGGAGCCGACCGGAAGAAGUCCUUGAUGAUCGUCUUCGCUUCCCCGAUCCUCUGUUUCGUCUCCCACGCUCCUUUCCUCCUCAAUUCCCGGAUCGUGACUUGUCCCACAGCGGAUCCCGGUCGUCCCUUGUUCUUCAGGAGGGACAACGAAACUUUCCACGUUUCCCUCGUCUAUCAGAUCUACCUUUGGAUUCUACAGGCCGUGUUUCGGAUCGCUCCGGUCAUCAUCCUCGUCUAUCUGAAUCUUCGCAUCGCCAUCGCGUAUCGGAGAGUGUGUCGUCGCCGCCGUGGAUUCCGCCUUCGGGGCCGAGGCGCCUCCGGGACGGAUCAACUGAGUUUCGCGGAUCAGCGACGUCUUCUACUCCUUCUCGGAGGGACUUCAACCCUUUUCUUCGUCUGCGUCUCUCCCAUGGCCGUCAUGAGCGUCAUGUUCUCCGAAAUCCGCAUGAAUCAAUUCCCUUUCGAAGUGUUCCGAGCAGUGGCCAACGUCCUGGAAAUCACGAAUUUCUCCCUCACCUUCUACAUAUAUUGUCUCCUGUCUCGGGACUUCCGGGAGACGUUUUUCAGGACCGUGGGCUUGAAGUCCUGGCUCUCUACUGUCCCUUCUCGACCGUCUGCCUGCGUUCGAGAGGCUCCCGAGACUGACGACGGCCUCUGA